CACAAAGUCCAGAUUAUAAAGGGGAGUAGAUAGACUUUAAAUUGGACCCUUCUACUGGAAGUACAAUACUCCUCUAAAAAAAAAAAAAAAAAAAAAAAAGUGAAAAAAAAAAGCUGAGUAAGAAUUCUUUUUUUUUUUUUUAGUUUUUUUUUUUUUUUUUUCGGGUGUCCCCACGGGCUGAGGGGGGAGAACUCACUGCAGAUCCAGCAGAGGAUGGCAGAAUUCAAACAGGAGGUGAGAAGAGCAUAGUGGAGGAAGUUUGUGUGCGGAACUUUAAAAAGGAAAAAAAAGAAGAAGAAGAAGGGCUGGAGAAGACUUUUGUGCCGAGCUUCACUUUGCACACUCGGACCGGAGCUGACAAUGAGGAUGGGCAUGGAACGCAGAUGGGUCAGUCAGGACAGGCGUCCGAGACAGAGCCUCUGAUUUCUCGACUUCCGCCCGGGACUGAUGGAGGACGGCGUUUUCCCCCCGAGCUGCUGACAUGCAUUCAGAGGCCUGUGAGAUGUGGACUGGCUCGCCUUCGGGGGAAAUCUGAGACCUUGAAUGAGCCGCGGGACACAGGCGGGAGCGUUUCAGUGAAGAAGAGAAACCAUGGACCUGUUACGGCGCGGCGCCAGACUGACUUUGCGCCUCUAACCCGACUGUAGCGCCCUCUAGCCGCACCCCAUGUCACAGCCUUCCCCGAAUUAUGGAAAUUUUGUGGAAGACGCUGACUUGGACGCUGAGCCUAGUGGUGAUGGCAGCUUCGGAAUUUCAAAGACUUUCGCACAGCUCUCAAGAGGAGUUCCUGUCUUACCUGCAGCACUACCAGCUGACCGUCCCGGUGCGCGUGGACGAGAACGGGAACUUCCUGAGCUACACUGUAAAGCACCAGCGGCCGGGCCGCCGGAGACGCGCCCUGGCGGAACCUGCCGCCGACCCGCCGGGCUCCCGGAUCUUCUACAGGCUGUCGGCGUACGGGAAGCACUUCCACCUGAACCUGACGCUUAACCCCAACCUGGUGUCGAAGCAUUUCACGGUGGAGUACUGGGGCAAAGAGGGGCCCGAGUGGCGUCACGACAUGCUGGACCACUGCCACUACGUCGGCUCCCUGCGGAGCCAGCACAGCACGACCCGAGUGGCGCUCAGCAACUGCAAGGGCCUGCACGGCGUCAUAACAACAGAGGAAGAACAGUAUUUAAUAGAGCCUUUAAAGAACACGUCCUCCGCCACCUCCAGCGAACGCAGCCUGGACGGAGCUCAGCAACAUGUUAUUUAUAAAACGUCUGCCAUCCCCUCGCCGCAAGAGCAAAGCCAGGAGUUCAGCUGUGGCAUUUCAGACAUCACUAAAAGCAACGCACCUUGCCAGUUUAGCACACCCUCCCCUGUCCACCUGUCCCCCGUCCUUCAAAACUCCAGCCAGCAGCCGGCCGGCGCUCACAGGCGCCGGAGGUCCGUCAGCUCCGAGCGCUUCGUAGAGACGCUCGUGGUCGCCGACAAGAUGAUGGUCGGCUACCACGGACGCAAAGACAUAGAGCACUACAUCCUGUCUGUGAUGAAUAUUGUUGCCAAACUGUACCGUGAUUCCAGCCUGGGAAAUGUUGUGAACAUUAUUGUGACCCGUCUAAUUGUUCUCACGGAGGACCAGCCAAACCUGGAAAUUAAUCACCAUGCUGACAAGUCUCUGGACAGUUUCUGUAAGUGGCAAAGGUCCAUCCUGUCUCAUCACAGCAGCGGGAACAGCAUUCCCGAGAACGGAAUGGCUCAUCACGACAACGCCGUCCUAAUCACCCGAUAUGACAUCUGCACCUACAAGAACAAACCCUGCGGGACUUUAGGCUUGGCCUCCGUGGCUGGAAUGUGUGAGCCGGAGAGAAGCUGCAGCAUCAAUGAAGACAUCGGCCUUGGCUCGGCUUUCACCAUCGCACACGAGAUAGGCCACAACUUCGGAAUGAACCACGACGGCAUCGGCAACUCCUGCGGCACCAAGGGCCACGAGACGGCCAAGCUGAUGGCUGCUCACAUAACGGCCAACACCAACCCGUUCUCCUGGUCCGCCUGCAGCAAAGACUACAUCACCAGCUUUCUCGACUCAGGUCGGGGAACGUGUCUGGACAACGAGCCUCCAAAACAAGAUUUCCUGUAUCCGACCGUGGCCCCGGGGCAGCUGUACGACGCCGACGAGCAGUGUCGCUUCCAGUACGGAACCUCCUCGCGUCAGUGCAAGUAUGGGGAAGUGUGUAGAGAGCUCUGGUGCCUUAGCAAAAGCAACCGCUGUGUAACUAACAGUAUCCCGGCUGCAGAGGGGACUCUGUGCCAGACUGGCAGCAUUGAGAAAGGGUGGUGUUUCCAGGGAGAAUGCGUCGCCUUCGGCUCCCGGCCCGAGAGCGCGGACGGCGGCUGGGGGCCGUGGUCCUUGUGGGGAGAGUGUAGCCGGACCUGCGGAGGCGGCGUAUCUUCCUCCAUGAGGCACUGUGACAGCCCAGCACCGUCUGGAGGAGGAAAGUACUGUCUUGGAGAGAGAAAACGGUACAGAUCCUGUAACACCGACGCAUGCCCAGCUGGAUCUCAAGAUUUCAGGGAGAAGCAGUGCGCUGAUUUUGAUAACAUGCCUUUCCGUGGGAAGUAUUACAACUGGAAGCCUUACACUGGUGGUGGCGUGAAGCCCUGCGCGCUCAACUGCCUGGCGGAGGGCUAUAACUUCUACACGGAGCGCUCCCCUGCUGUCGUCGACGGCACCCAAUGUCAGGCUGACUCUCUGGACAUCUGCAUCAAUGGGGAGUGUAAGCAUGUGGGCUGCGACAACAUCCUGGACUCGGUCGCGAGAGAAGACCGCUGCCGUGUGUGCGGAGGGGACGGCAGCACCUGUGAGGCCACCGAGGGGCUCUUCAACGACUCUCUGCCCAGAGGAGGUUACGUGGAGGUGGUUCAGAUCCCAAAAGGAUCGGUUCACAUCGAGAUCAGAGAAGUCGCCGUGUCAAAGAACUACAUAGCUCUAAAAUCCGAAGAGGACGAUUACUACAUCAAUGGAGCUUGGACCAUCGACUGGCCCAGGAAGUUUGACAUCGCCGGGACGGCCUUCCACUACAGGAGACCCACAGAUGAACCCGAGUCUCUGGAGGCGCUGGGACCCACCAACGAAAACCUCUCCAUUAUGGUUCUCCUUCAAGAACAGAACUUAGGAAUACGCUACAGGUUCAACGUUCCCAUCCAGCGGACAGGAAGCGGUGACAACGAGGUGGGCUUCUCCUGGCACCACCCGCCCUGGUCCGAGUGCUCGGCUACCUGCGCUGGUGGCUCCCAGAAGCAGGAGGUGGUGUGUAAGAGGCUGGACGACAACUCGGUGGUGCAGAACAGCUACUGUGAGCCAGACAGCAAACCGCCAGAGAACCUGAGAGACUGCAACCCCGAGCCGUGUCCUCCAGAGUGGUUUAUCGGUGACUGGUCAGAGUGCGGAAAGACGUGUGACGGUGGGACUCGGACCAGGACCGUCCUGUGUAUCAGGAAGAUUGGCCCCACUGAGGAGGAGACGCUGGAAGACACCUUCUGCCUGACUCAUCGACCCAUUGAGCGAGAGUCCUGCAACAACCAGUCCUGCCCGCCGAAGUGGGUAACUCUGGAAUGGUCAGAGUGCACGCCAAAGUGUGGCCCCGGCUUCAAGCACCGCAUCGCCCUGUGCAAGAGCAGCGACCUGACCAAAACCUUCCCGCCCACCACCUGCCCGAGCCACAACAAGCCGCCGGUCCGAAUGCGCUGCAGCUCGGGGCGCUGCCCUCCUCCUCGCUGGAUCCCUGGGGAGUGGGGACAGUGUUCAGCUCAGUGCGGCCUGGGUCAGCAGAUGAGGACGGUCACCUGCCUGUCCUACACCGGACAGAUGUCCAAUGAGUGUCCAGAUUCCCUCCGUCCCGCCACCAUGCAGCAGUGUGAGAGCAAGUGCGACGCCAUCCCAAACUCCAGCAGCGACGAAUGCAAAGAUGUAAACAAAGUGGCUUACUGCCCACUGGUGCUGAAGUUCAAGUUUUGCAGCCGAGGCUACUUCAGACAGAUGUGCUGCAAGACCUGCCAGGGGCACUGACCGUGGCGCAAAAGCAACGAGUAGUGAUAAACAACGACAUGGUUACAAAGGCAGAGAAGAUGGAGGGAUAAAGCACUGAGCGGGAGGAAAAGUGGGGGGAAAAAAUAGGAGGGCUGAUAAAACUACUCAGUCCUCGAGUGUCAGAAGAAGAAGAGACCAGAGCUGCAAGAAAAGGCCUUCCCUGGUUGUCGGAGCCCUUCGUCCUGCCCUUCCUCCCCUCCUUCCUGGUGGAAAUCAAACCACUGCUCAGCCCAUAGCGCUGAAAGAAACUCCUCCUUUUUUUUUAUAUCUUUUUUUUUUUGUAUUUUUCGCUUCUGUGAAGUGGAAUUUAGAAGAUCAACUGUUGGAUGAUAUUAUUUUUAUUAUAAUAAUAAUCGACGAUAUCAUCGUCAGUCUUCCUGCGUGUUUUGCUGUGGUGUAAAUCCACAGGGCUGGACAACGUUGCUCCACACACGAUGUACCCACAAGACGAACACAAGAAAGAGGGGAGCCGCUCCGCUGGAUUCCCGCCUUUGAGAAGGUGCUGGGUUGACGUUUGGCUUUGGUGCACUUUUUCCCAUGUAAAUACUCCAAUUUACAGUUCAGACACAGUCGAGGACCCGUGUGUACUGUAUAUUUAUUGUACAACUCCAAACAGAGCGUCCUCGGCUGUCUCUGUCAAACAGUAGCUUGCUGCCAUGGAAGGGAAUGUAAUGUGAUUGAGUUUAUAAUCAAUAACGUUGUGUGCUGGAAUGGAAUUAUACUGCAAUCCAUGUUAGAAUUGUGUAUACUCUACGGAUUUGUCUAUUAUAAAUGAUAUUAAUCUAAAACCAGAAGCUAACACAUGGUUACAGAAGCAUCCAUUACUUCUCGCCCAGACAGGUGCAUCAGCUUUACUCAGUAGGGCAGAAUUUCACAUUAACCCCAGAUAGACUGUCUGAAUUUGCUUGGACCACAUGAAACAUUCCCAACAAGAAGCCUUUUCUCAACUUCUACUCAGUCAGAGCACAGCUCACGAGUGAGGGAUUCAUUUUGAGGAAGCGUUUGAAGCACCUUGUUCAUUUGACUAACGGUAUGGAUAUUAUUCUCUUACGCUACAAAGAGACUUUGCAUGACUUUGGUUCGCAUGAAUUCAGAAUAGCAGACCCAGAGGCUAAAGCUAACACUCCGUCUGAGAGGGGACUGAAUGUCACAAAACGUCAGGUGAACAUUUGAGCCCUUAAUACUUUUCCAUCCCAUGGCUAAUUAUUGGGAAGCUAAUGAUUAUUGAAGUGGGAAAAUGAAGGAAGAGGUUGCGCGCCACCAAUAAUCUUCCUGCGUGAAACAGUUCUUCUUAAAGUAUUCAUAUGAUAAACAUAAAGCGGAGUAAAAAGCAAGAAUAUUCACUAGUUUCCAGUGAAGACACCAAUGAAUUUUACUGAGACAUCAUUCUGUCAGCCCCUCUCAGCUGUUAGUUAGCCUCCCAAUACAGCUACGUCUGCUAAGAUAUAACAGAACUUAGCUUAAAAAAUGUUGAACUAUUCCUUUAAGUGGCUCCCUCUUUUCCUUGUCUUUGUUAGAAACAAACAAACAAAAACAAAAAACAUUUCCAUUUUUUUUCUCAGUUUUUACUGGUGUUUUUUUCUUUCUUUCUUUUAUUUUAGGUUUUUCCUCUUUUCCUCCUUCUUGCCUCCAAGACUUAGAGCCUUCCGGGCUUCUGGUGCUAUCGACAGGUGCUUCCAUUCAAACCCUUCUCCAGUGUGCUUAAAAGUUCAAGUUUGAGCCAAAUAAGACAAGUUGAUACACUUGUUAGUAUCUCUGCUGGUAAAUGCUGGUCGUGUUUGAUUUUUUUUAUUUUCUGUUUUCUUUUUACUUGUUUAUACCUCACACUGGGAACUUUUGCUGUUCAAAAAGGGUAACGCUGUUCGUCCAAUUGACCAAAAUGGACGUUUGCCCGGACAUUACGGAUCUUUUCUAUCCAAGUGACAUUUCUGCCGGGUGUGAAAGGGAACACCUCUGAAACGCUACGCGGGCGGCACUGGGGGACAAAUCCGAGCGCCAACACAGGAAGUGCAUGACGACGUCUCUGAGGCUGUUAACUUGCUGCUGCUACUUUUAAAAAAAAUAAAAAUAAAAUACUUUUUUUUUUGGUAGCCACCUUCCAUGUGACGAUGUGGAACAGUUUUUUUUAUUAGCCGCAGAAGCCUCAGCGAGGACGCUGAGAAGCAUUUUCUGCACGGACCGACCCAGCUGUGGGGAACAGCAGCCAUCACGGAGCGAAGAUCUGAACUCAGUCCAGCUGGUACUCAUUGCUGUGAACCUGGAUGUCUGAAUGUCACGUUGCUCGUGUCUGUAGAGAAAUGAUGAGCGUCAUGUGAUUAAUUGCAUUUAUUUUAUAUUCAGUAUUAAUGUUGGUAAACUGUUACUACUUUUUUUUCCUUUUCGGAUGUUAAUAAUGUGCUAAUUUAUUGCUGUGUCUCACUUGUACAUUUAUUUCACUGCAUGCAAACUGAAAUUACGCAUAGUGAAAAAAGUGCAGUGGUGCAGCUCUUCACCAUUUUUUAAGGGGUAGAAACAAUAAAGAGCUUUUACAGAGGGGCAUUUGUGAGUGUUUCACAUUUUGCCACUUCAUAUAAAGAUUCUAUGUAAUAAAUUAUUACAAAAUUGUGCGUCAUUAGUUUGCAUUAAAAAUGUGCGCAAAAGUUAAUUAAUAUUUGGCUAAUGUAAAAAAAAAAAAAUACAUUUCGUAAUUGUGCUAGUAACAAAUGUAGUUGAACUCACAUAUGAAUAACUGUUUAAGGGAUAGGUCAUUAAAAAUAACGCGGCGCCAUCAUCCUCCUACCACUUCCUGUCCUUGUCUUAAUCUUUUCCGCCACUAGUAACAUGGCGUCAUACGACUGGAGUGAUGUGAAGUGUUCCCAUUGCAGUUUUGAAAAAUACCCUAAUUUUGAUACAGACAAAAAACAAAAAAAAAAACCUCCUCAAUCUAGAGCAAAGCCCUUUUUAUCCAAAAACAUUUUUUCCCCCAAAUUGCACUGUUUCCACUGAGCGAAUAUAUUUUCGUAAUUUCAAUUUGCGCAUUUUUUUUUUUUGUGGAUGGAAACGCAGCUAUUGUGAAAUGGUAGGAAAAAGUCAGUUUUUGUCGAAGCUCUGGUUGUAUGUUUAGGGCUGGUGUGGUGUGAGACUGUCAGUCGCCAGGCCUGGUCUAAAAUGUUUUGCUGCAGCUUACAAAUUUUCUUCAACACAAAAUCUUACCAAAUACCUUUUGGUCUGGUUUCUAGUGCAAAUAUCUUAGUAGACUUGAAAGAUUAUGAUACUACAAAUGAAACAAUCUGUCAAUGGAACAAGUACCUUUUCAUCCAUGGUAAGGAAUUAUUGACUUUUAGGGGCUGUAAUGUGUUUUCCAGCCACAGUGAAAUUUCAUAGCACCACUGUAACUAUACUAACCUCAGUUGUUAUAAAAAUGCUGUAAGUUAAAUUUCUUUGAACGCCUUGAAAUUGUUUCUGAAACUCGUCCUUCAGGAAGUCGUCACAACAUGGCUCCUCUAUUAAACCUUUAACAACGUUUUUACCAGCAUUUCACUGAGAAGUAGCUCCUAUAAUGAGCUCAGCUGUUUGCUAAUUGCUCCUGGCUAGUCUGAAGGAGCUCAGUGGGUGAGGGCUGCUCUGAGGCGGACGCUUGGAAACGGUAGCUCAGAGGAGCUUCAUCCUUGAAGGCGUAGCUAGGUCUACCGAGGCAUUUUGCACAGCUUUAUAGUCGCCAUGGAAAUUAGAGGAUUUCUCAAACAUGCAUGAAAAAAAAGUCAAAGCAAGACUCCAAGUAUGUUUUUUGAUGGGGGGAAUAAUAUGAUGUAAAGCUUAAAAAAAGUAGACUUCACAUAAUGACACAGGUUUAGUACUGUGAACUCAACCAAACUAAAUAUUGACCUGAAGGGGAGGAGUGAUGCUCGCCUGUAGUCUAAUCUACAUGCUACACAUGUCGAUAAAGUACUGUCAUGUACUGUCAUGUAAGUUUUCCGUCCAAAAAUCCAACUCAAAUUGAUAACUUGAUUUAUGAAAGCGUGAAACAUCGAAGGGGAGAUGAAUACUUUCCAUAGGCCUUGUACCAUCAGGCACGUCCAAACAUUUGCAGACAAGAACAGUUGGCGUCUCUUUGGUUUUAGAGAGUGAUAAACUCUUGUUCAUUCAUUCAGCUCUUGGAAAGCACCCACAGCUUGAGAACAACUGCUGGCAUGAUGUCAGCAAACGUGUUACCAAAGCCAAAGAGAUCCAUUUACACGCCGACUCGGGUUAUGGUGUUCAAACAGGGGAAGCACUCAUAAUUCUUACCUUUCUUAAUCCAAUAUUUCGGUCUCAUCAACUUCUGAGACUCGACAGAACAAACGUGGACCACCGGGAGAAGAGUCAAAUGCCUUCCCCGAACCGUCUUAGUCAUUGUUCCUGCUUCGUCCUGGACUGAAAGGGCUCCGUCUUCGGAAGCUGUAGGGUUUCCACUCUCCUUGGUAAUUAAGUCCAAAUAAACAGCCACUAAGCCCAGUCGGCUGGGAAAUGCCGCCGUCUCCGUCUAAUCCGCGGUGUCCCAUUACAGAAAGAGAAUGGUGGCCUGUUUUGGCUUAGCAGAACCGGUUGAGAAUAGGGCUAGCUUCUGUGGGGUUCUGGGAUUACAUUAGUUCUGACCUGCAGAGCUCAAAGAAACACAAAGAGACAGAGAGAGAGAUCCUGGGCUGGUCAGAGGUCUACUUACACUCAUUUAUGACAUGAAUACGAUAUUAUGUCAGAGAUUGAAUGAUUUAUUUUAACUUUGCCCUACUGCUGGACUCAGAACACAAACUUUAAAGGGGCAGGAUCAUGAAACGUAAACCUUUUAGAGCUUUAACUUAUGUUAUAAUGUUAUUUCCCCAUCCAAAACACACCUGGAGUGUGAUUUGUUCCUACAUGUUUAUGAACAUGGGUUGGGGGGGGGUAAUCUCCCAUGGCAACCAUUCAGCUGAGCAAAACGCCUGGUUGGAUCUAGCUCCGCCUUUGAGCACACAGCUCCUCCUCAGAGCUGAAGUUUCCAAGCUUCUGAGCUUGUGCCUCAUUCAGCCCCUUCAGACCAGCCAACAGAAAUUAGCAAACAUGUGUUGGAACUGCACAUACGCUUAUUAUAGGAGCUACGUCUCAGUGAAAUGCGAGUAGAAAUGUUAGAUGGUUAAUAGAGGACCCAUGUUGUGACUUCCUGAAGGCGGAGUUUCAGAAAGAGCAGGUGUGUUUAAAGAGGCAGAGGCCCAAUUUCAAGGCGUUAAAUUACAAAGUCAAAUUUAUUUUAAUUUAUAUUUGACAAAGUAUUUUUACAGCAACAGCUACUUCAUGGUGCUAUAAAAUGACACUAUGCGCCUUGAAAAUACAUAAUACCGCCCCUUUAAGUAGUCGGGUGCAAGUCAAAGGGAACGCCCCUUCAAAAAGUUUGGAAAUGGAUUUACAAACCCUCCUCAGAUUAAUGGAUAACAGUUUCUUUUCAGAGUAAUUGCUGAUGUCUUCCUUCUUGGCAUUGUGUAAACACACACAUCUGGACUCUUCGGACCAGCAAACCGCUAAGACCCGAGCUGGUCACACAGCUGCUAAUGAUCAGCUGCAUUUGAUUAGCAACCCGUGGUAUACUUAGCCUCCCGAAUCCCACGGAAUCAGCAAGAGUUGAAGGAGUUUUCCGACGAGUGUGUUGACAGUUUUGGAAAGAUUCCCCCCCCCCCCCUCUCCAUUAGUCUCCCUGACUGGUAAAAAAUGUGUCUCCAACUGGACAACUGUCACAGUGACUGCUGGCGCAUCUGCGUGUGGAGACAUGGUGUUCACAGCCUGUUUAUGAUAAGAGGUGUGCAGAGGACGGGGAACAGAUUUCUCCUCUACUCUGUGAUUCUGCACUUCAAAUGGAAACCUCUGAGAUUAAGAGAAGCCACUGCAUUUUGCUUAUCAGCCAUGAAAUACCUCAGGAGCUAAACUACAAAGCGAAGCCACGCAGAUACGGCGAUAGCAGCAGGUCUGAUUGCUCAAGCUGUGCUGAAGUCCUUCAAAGAGAGUUUGUGUCCUUUUAAAGCGCUUUAACCCACAGAGUUGUGGCGCUGCUCUCGGAUUGGAUCCUGCGUUUCUGUUGACCAUAAAAAUGCACAAAUUGAAAUAACGAAAAUAAAUUACGUCAUCGGGAAAAAAAAUAAAGGCCGGUUUCAAAAAACCUCCUAUCCAAAGCAUGAACAUCAGCUGCUUUUUCAUUACAAAUGUGCACAAAUCUUUGUCUAUAUCCUGAUAAUGUUAAAAAAUAAAAUUAAACUAAAAUCACACCAGAAUCAGCCUGUUCCCAUGUUCAUAAUA